AUGGCCUCUUUAUUCCUUACAAGGAAUAUAUUAAAAAAACACUGUGUGGCUGUCCUCUUCAGGUUCGACAUUCAGUCACAAACUUAUGCGGACACAGACACACUGUCUCUUUACUUUACGAAGGCCAAACAAAGUGUCAUCACCAACACGGACCAUAUCACCACUGGUAUCGUCGCUGACUAUGACAACCAUGGAAAGCUGGUCUCACUGGAUAUACGUGCAGCUUCAAAGAAGACAUCAUGCCACUUCUUCAACACUGGAGCAGAGGUGGAUGGCAAGCCGCCACUGGCCGUCAACUGGCAUUACAACACUGAGUACCAACAACUUGUGGUGCUCCUCAGCUUGCAGGAUGUAAGCAUCAUUACCAACAUCAUGGAGACCGAUGAUCCGAAUGUCUCAUUGGGUAUGGACCUAAUAGGCAAGCUCUGUGCGGUCUACGUGUCAAACCCUGUGUCCAACACUUUCACUGCUGCCAAAAUGGACUGA